UUGGGUCAUUUGCAUAAACGAGCCGCUGGAAAUUUGUCAUCUAAUUAAUUGGCUCGAAUUUAUUUAACAUUUGCAUUUAAAUAUUCAUUGGGGGCUUUAGUUUGCAGCGUUCUAAAGUAUACAAACUUUUCACUGUGGCUUGUGGUUUGAUAAAUUUCAAACAGCAGACUUCUCUUGUAAUCAAGACCAUUCAAGGGGUUCCAUUUGAAUCGGUCUGCGGUAAUUUAAAUAUCAUAUUAUACCGGCUGUAGGCCAUAUUAAUUCGGUUGAGGAGGCAAUCGUUGACAAGUGGUAGGAUAAAUGCAACCGCACCUUAAAUUAUUAAUCAACUUCUCACCCUGGAAAUGCCAGAAGGCAUGUAGAGUUGGUAAAGAGAACAAAUAGCUUAGCACCUAAGUGACAAAACAAUUACAACAUUAAUUAUUAACUAGACACUUUAUAAAAAAUGGACCGAGGCAGUCCCUAUAAAUGUAUUACUUCCUGAAUGCCUAAGCCCAGUUAAUGUUAAGAGCCGAAGUGUAAGCACAAAAAAGAAGCUGAAAAUGGAAAAGCCACGUUCCUAUGAGGACUUCAUCUUCAUGCCCAACCUGAUGUUCAAGACCCUGGGAUACGAUCUAUUCCAUACACCCAGAUCCAGGUGGCGCUAUCUGCUUGUGCGCGGAUAUUUCGUUUUGUGCACGAUCAGCAACUUUUACGAGGCUUCCAUGGUGACGACAAGGAUCAUUGAGUGGGAAUCCUUGACCGGAAGUCCCUCCAAAAUUAUGCGACAGGGUCUGCACUUCUUUUACAUGUUGAGUGGCCAAUUGAAAUUUGUCACAUUUAUGAUAAAUCGCAAACGUCUACUGCAGCUGAGCAAUCAUUUGAAAGAGUUGUAUCCUCAUAAAGAGCAAAAUCAAAAGAAGUACGAAGUGAAUAGAUACUACCUAUCCCGUUCCACGCGAUAUGUUUUGUACGUGUACUACAUUGUAAUGGUCGUCAUGGCACUGGAACCCCUCGUUCAGUCGUGCAUUAUGUACCUGAUAGGCUUUUUUUUCACCUAUAAACGCAUUUUUCCCACGCGCCUCACUUUCGACUCCAGAAAACCUUUGGGCUAUGUGCUGGCCUACGUGAUAGACUUCACCUAUAGCCAGUUCAUAGUGAAUGUAACCCUGGGCACGGAUCUGUGGAUGAUGUGCGUCUCAAGCCAAAUAUCGAUGCACUUGGGCUAUCUGGCCAAUAUGUUAAUCUCGUUCCGACCAAGUCCAGAAACGGAACAACAAGAUUGCUACUUCUUGGCCAGUAUCGUGAAGAGACAUCAACUACUGAUCAGGCUUCAAAAGGACGUGAACUAUGUUUUUGGACUUUUAUUGGCCUGUAAUCUGUUCACCACAUCCUGUUUACUUUGCUGCAUGGCGUACUAUGGCGUCGUCGAGGGUUUCAAUUGGGAGGGCAUUUCCUAUAUGACGCUCUUUGUUAGCGUAGCUGCCCAGUUUUACGUGGUCAGCUCACACGGACAAAUGUUAAUAGAUUGGAGUACAAAUUUAGCCAAGGCUGCCUAUGAAAGCAAGUGGUAUGAAGGAUCUUUGAGAUACAAAAAGGAUAUACUCAUUCUAAUGGCACAGGCUCAACGGCCUUUGGAGAUUUCAGCCAGGGGAAUAAUUAUCAUAUCCCUCGACACCUUUAAAAUACUGAUGACCAUCACAUACCGCUUCUUCGCGGUUAUACGACAAACUGUGGAAAAGUAAACAAAUUUUUAGGUAUAUAAGUAGUUUUCCCCAUA